AUGUCUAAAACAAAUCUAACAAAUAAAUUAGCAGAUGAAUUACAUCAUAGAGUUAUAAAAUCUUUUCCUAAAAGACGUGUUUAUGUUCAUUCAAUAGAUCAAACAUGGGCAGUUGAUUUGAUAGAUAUACAACAAUAUUCAAAACAAAAUAAACACUAUAAAUAUUUAUUAGCAGUUAUAGAUGUUUUUAGUAAAUAUGGUUGGUUGAUUCCAUUGAAAAAUAAAACAGGAGUAGCAGUGAGUGAAGCAUUUAAAACAUUAUUUAAAGAAAGAAAACCAAUAUAUAUUUGGUCAGAUAAAGGAUCCGAAUUUUAUAAUCGACAAGUAAAAGAAUUGUUAAAAGAUAAUAACAUAAAGUUAUAUUCAACUGAGAAUGAAGAAAAAUCCAGUGUAGUGGAACGAUGGAUAGGAACAAUGAAACAACAUAUUAACUUCAAAAUGGAAUCUGAAUUGAGAAGAUGUUAUUUAAUUAAAGUGUCGGAUGAUUUAGAGAAACUUGAAACAUUAUUAGUGAAACGUAAUAAUACGAUAAAUAUACAAGAUAUGGAUAUAAACAGCAUAAAAAAGGAAAUUGAAUAUUUAACCGAGAGAAUAAAUAAAACUAAGGAAGAUUUUGGUGACAGAAACAAGAGACGGAUUUGGCUUCGAUUAACAAGACAAAAAGUUAGUGCAAAGACUAAGCUUAAAAAAUUCAUAACAAAAAGAACCUGUGAGAAUGAAGAAAAGACUAUAUUGGAAAUAAAGAAAAGUGAUUUAAUUUCUGAACAGAUUAGGAUAACAGAACUUGUUCGUCAAGACAGUAAUUCCUAG